AGUAAUUUCCAGAGAGAAACAAGAAAUGGCAUUUCUGAACAAAUUUAAGAACGUGCUAAUGCUGGCGUUUGACUGGAUUCUGUACGGCACUGGUGCCACAGAUGCAUGCCAAGUCACUGUAACACAACCCAGAUUUCAGGAAGCUGACUAUUCCAUGCACACUGUGCUCAUAACAUGUACUUUUUCCGCCUCUGGAUGCUCCUCAUCCUCACCUCAAGUUCUAUGGUUUCGCUUUUUAACUAAUAAACAUGAGGAUUUGUGUACUCCUGGAUGUAAAGAUCAUCAGAAGUACAAAGUAAAUUUAUUAUCAAAAAAUAACAUUUCACUUCAGAUCAAUGAUCUGACUGUACAUGACAAUGCUGUUUAUAUCUGUGGAGUGGCAUAUUUGGAUUCAAGCUCACCCCAUUCCAAACAAACGGGAGAUGGAACAUUACUACAGAAAACAGGAGCAGAGAAGCAGCACAGCAAUGGAAAUCUCAUCUUCAUGAUCAUCGCCUCAUCCUUGCUGUUUCUAUACAGCACUACUGUAUUCACAUUCUUUGUAGUCUACAAGUUAAAACCAGAGCUGCUAAAGAAAAGUGGGAAUGAAGACCAAAGAGCAGAGAACGGUAAAAUCAGUAGUGGGAGAAAAAUUUUUCAAGCAAUUGCCCAAGAACUUCAAAAGCAGAAGUUUGCUGAACAUUGCCAACAGCCUGAUGAUUUGGAAGAUGACACUGUUUAUCAGAACAGAUGAGCUUGUACGGCAGUUCAGAUUUGUUCAACGUUUCUCAAGCGAGCAAAGGGGCAGAUGAAGAAGAUAAGCUUCUUCAAAGACUUCCUUUGCUUUAAAAAGAGAAGAAAACCUUGCAGGGUAGUGUUCUUCACGAGUGUUUUCUAAACAGUUCACCAAAACCAAGUGAAUUGUACAUUACAUCUAUGUUGUAUGUUACUCCCAUUUUCCAUUCUGCAAGAAUAAGAGCAUGGGAAAAGUCUUCAUCCUUCAGAAGAUCACUGAUAAUGAUUCAUGAAAGUUUCCUUCUUUGUUUAGAUUUAAUUCUGGGUCCUUUCUUUUUACAUAAAUUUACUUGUAUUCCUUUUCCAUGAAUUGAUCAUUUGUGAAAGAUGUAUGAUAAUUGACAGCAACGGAAAAUAAACAUU